AGCAUGCUGGUCCCGGCAGCUGCGCAUAAUAUUCCUUCGGCGCAGCGUGGUUGCAGAGUCCUAAGUCUUGCGCGGAGUUUCAUUCGACCGGUUCUUUCUUUGUCAGGAUUAAACGUUAAGUACCACUUGGUUUGAGUAUAGUUGUAAGUAUUGUGAGGCCAUAGAUUGUUUGGGCAACCUCUAGAUUUUACGAGCAAAUUGUCACAAAUCGGAGCCCUGUCCCGCGGAGACCCCCAGCUAUAGCCAAUGGGUGGAUAUCACAGUUCUCUGCUUCAGCUUGGUUACAGAGCCGUGGGGGUGAACUCCCCUGAUCGCAGGAAAGUUAAACGGAAGGGUUUGAACGUCCUGUGCGGACCAGGAUUAGGCGGAGCGAAAGCGUCCUGGAGUGGGAUGGGAUGGUGGGAUAGAAACAUCCAGUUUCCUCACGCUGCUCCUUGCAGCCACUCUGUCGCCGUAGCUUUCAGACUGAAUUAUAAAUACAGGAGUUAUCCUUGUCCUGAUACAGUUAAACAUUCUCAAGCAAUUACAGUAUCAAUUCCUUGUACAGUCCAUAUAUCAAUACUCAUUUUUGUCGUCCCCCCACCCCCCACUGCCCUUGAACUCCCUAUGUAGCCCGGACUGGCCUUGAAUUCGUAGUGAUCCUCUUAGAUCCUCUUGCCGCGGCCACCCGAGUGUUGGGAUUACAGGCAUGCACCACCACACCCGGGGCUUGUUUUGUUUUAUUUUUGAGACAGAAUCCUCACUUAUUCUACCCUGCUUUUCGAACUGGUGCCCUCAAGUGGUUUUCUCACAUUCUCCUGAGUAGUUGGGACUACUGGUGUACACAGCUGAGCUACAGGCCUAGCUCAAUAUAUUAAUAUUUAAUUGUAUUAAGUAACAUUAAGAAUUUGAGGCAAAUCAAGUGUUCUCGUCUUCUAGUAUGGAGAUUAGAGGUAACACAUUUAUUCGCUUGUGUGGAACGUAUAUAUUAACCCAAACUGGUGGUGGUUUUAGAUUUAGCCACCUGGCGACCAUGAGUGAAUGGACUAAGAAAAGCCCCUUAGAAUGGGAAGAUUAUGUUUAUAAAGAAGUCAGAGUAAUAGCCUCUGAGAAGAAGGAGUAUAAAGGAUGGCUUUUAACUACAGACCCAGUCUCUGCCAAUAUUGUCCUUGUGAACUUCCUGGAAGAUGGCAGCUUGUCUGUGACUGGAAUUAUGGGACAUGCUGUGCACACUGUCGAAGUUGUGGAUGAAGGGGACCGCAGAGUGAGAGAGAAGCUGAUGCACUUGUUCCUGUCUGGAGACUGUGCAGCAUACAGCCCUGAGGACCUGGAAAGGAGAAAGGACAGCCUAAAGAAAUGGCUUGAGAAGAACCACAUCCCCAUCACUGAACAAGGAGAGUCCCGGAGGACACUCUGUGUGGCUGGGGUCUUGACUAUAGACCCACCAUACUGUCCAGAAAAUUGCAGCAGCUCUAAUGAGAUUAUUCUGUCCCGUGUUCAGGAUCUUAUUCAAGGUCAUCUUGCAGCUUCCCAGGGAGAAGCCAAGAACUGUAGGCAUACUGAUUAACAUCGACUUUAUGCCUUUAUUUCUUCUUAAAAUGUUAUGAGUGUAAGCCAUUAUAUUAUAGGACUGUGUAUAUUUAAAUUUUUUGUUUUGGUAAAAUCAAAGGAGGAGCGCUGGGGAUUUAGCUCAGUGGUUCUGCUGCCUGCCUUGCAAGUGCAAGGUCCUGAGUUCGAUCCCUGGUACCAAAAAAAAAAAAAAUCAAAGGAGAUUAUAAGUGUAAUUUCCUUGGGAAAUAAAUGAGCUAAUACAAAGCAUCAUGUGCAAUGCAAUUAGCUCAGGGAAGUCAAAUAUUAAAGUUUUGUUUUUUAUUUAUUUAUUUUUUUAGUCUGGGUCUUACUUUGUAGCUUGGGCUGGCCAUAAACAAAGGAUCCUCUUGUCUCAGCCUCCCCAAAGGGGUCUUUUUCUCUGUGAUGAGGCUAUACUGUUCCCAUCUUUUUUUUUUUGUAAUGGUGCUAUGGACUGAACCCAGAGUCCUGCACAUGCCAGGCAACCACUCUACCACUAAGCUAUAUCCCUAGCUCAGUUUACUCCAUUUUUAUUAGGCAAGAAAUGUAUUUAGAGCUGGGCUCAGUGAUACACCUUAUAAUCCCAGGUGCUCAGAAGCUGAGCCAGGAGGAUUGCCAAGUUCCAGGCCAGCUAGGUAGCUUAGUGAGACUGUCUCGGAAUAAGAAGGGCUGAGGAUAUAGCUAGUGAUAGGGCACUUUAUCAUGGGUAAGGCCCUGGGUUCAAUCCCUAGUAUGGCGGGAGAUACGUGUGUGUGUGUGUGUACAUGCAUAUAUAUAUAUAUGGAAAAAGUAAAUCUGUAUCUUUACAAUGUCUUUUAUUCUGAAGUAAUGAUAAAGCAGUUUCAAAUCA